AUGGACCGAACGACAAAGAUAAUUCACAGUGAACUAUGCAAAGCAAUAAAUGAUGGAGACACAAGAACGGUUCAGUGUCUCCUGAUCCAAGGGGCGCAGGCUGAUGCAGUGGGCGGUGAAGGAGUGGCAGCCAUCCACCUCGCUGUCGGGAAAGAGAACGAAAAGAACCAGCGCUGUUUAAAAUUAAUGCUUCAGCACGGAGUCAAUCCAAAUAUAAAAACCUCAGAUGGACUCACUCCUCUUCAUAUUGCUGCCGUUUGGGGAUGCUUCCAAAAUGUGAAACUGCUCUUGACCAAUGGAGGAGACCCAAACUUAACAGACAACGACGGGAACACUCCACUGCAGCUUGCAAAGGAACAAGGAAAUAGAAAAUGUGCUCAGAUUCUUCAGGGAUUUCAGACAAAUUCAGCCGAGACAGAAGAAGAGGAUGUGCCGCGGUUCCACUACUCUGUUUAUUCCGACCUCACGGACAUCUCCAGCUUCCUAGACUCUGAAUCCAGUUUCAGCUCCUCUUCCUCCAGGAUCAGUGACUUUGGCGAAGCCCCGUUAAGCAGCACUAGACGCUCUUCAUUUUUCACCACAAACAAUAAACCAAACGGAUUGUCACACAUGCACAAUCCAAAACGAUUCAGUCAGGAGUGGAACAGUUGGACAUUCGAGGGCCCUUCUCUUUUAUCGAGCACUCGGGUGUCAUCUGCAGGACGUCUGAGUUCUUUACCCGUUCUGAAGGAGCAUGAUCUAUGGACAAAUGUGGACAGAAAAACGGAGCCGCUCCCAGUUCUUCCUGUCCAGCAAAAUGGACGUAAAAGUGUCACGUUCAGAGAUGUAGAUGAAUUCUUUCCCGUGUUCAGCCCAGACUCAAACAGACACUCGCCUCGUACUGAAGGGACCUCCCACAGUCUGACCUUCGACCCCACGGAGUACUCUGACUUCCUGGACACAGAGCGCAUGGCCACGGUCUGUCACACGCAGGGUAUUGAUGUGACCUCGCCCGAUCACGUCUAUGUGUUCCAGAGGGAGAGCAGCGACAGCACAGAGGAGAUCCUGGAGAAAACUGUCAACGCUCAUUUUGCUUUGGUUGAGAGCGAUGAAGAUGAAGAUGAGGAGGAGCAGCUUCUUGGGAAUGUCGAAGGUUUUCAGACUGAGAAGACCGGGAGCGGCAGCAGUGGAACCACGAGUAGCCGUUACAGCAGCUGUGAUAGCGACCAUUACACGAGCGCUUUGGAGAAUACCGAAAACCUCCGGGUUCCUUUUUCUGCAGGAGAAUGUAAAGUGGAAGAAAACAACAAAGAAUGUAUAGAAACAAAGGAAAUACAAGAAUAUCCAAUAGCCUCUUCACAACCAAGUUUAAAUCGUAAUAACGUACAAUAUUUAUCUGACAGUUUGAAUAACUUGGCCUUGUCUGAAGCAAAUCAUCAAAACAAAGAUGCUGAUUCAGAUGGAGUAAAGCCAUACACCAAAAACCCGGAUCUAUGGGACCCAGAUCUGUCUUUCAUGUCCAGUCCUUUUGUGACGGACAGGACACGCGCUCGCUUGAGUCGCUGCUCCAUGAGGACGAGCAGAGCGUCCGGAAGUCUGUUGGCCACUUCCACACUUUUUGAGGACACACUUCCCACACCGGUCAGAUCUCACAGACCGACGCCACAGUCUCGGAACAGCGAAAGAAAUUACAACAACAGAAACACAGCGAGUCCUACUUCAAAUGAUCCCAACAACGAUGAAGUCGUGGCAACUCUUUUUAGUGAGAGUCAAGGAGAAACUGUUAGUCUCUCUCAGACCAACAAUGACACUUAUCCCUUUGUUGAAACACAAGGUGAAUCCUUCUUCUUGGAUAAAGAUGCCAAAAUCCUGGAUGACUAUGAAAGGAAUUUUGCUGAGAUUGUUAAAGCGAUACAAAACGAAGCUACUGACAAUUUUCUGACGGACGAUCUGACGAGUGCAGACGAUGGGAAAAGGGAUGUGGGUGAAGCCUCAGAGCCCAGUGCAGAUGAAGCGUGGGUUACAGAGGAUUGUCAACCUGAUUCUGCGUCGUCUUCAUCCAGCUCCAGCUAUUUCUCUCCAAGGAGGUCUCGAGAGGACUGUGAUCUGCCGUGUACCCCUGGCACCGGGUGCACCCCUCGCUACAGCAUGAGCCGACUGUCGGGCUGCAGCAGGCCUCGGAGCUACGCCAGUGUCUCCUACACUCCCGGAGGCCGCCCACAGAUGGACGAUGUGGAUGAGCCUGUGGAGUACCUCUACACAGACACAGAACAAGGACACACGUUCAUAGAAACCCACAUCCCUCCCACAGCCAACACCUCCAUGAGUUCAAGCUCCAGCAGUGACGAGACUAUUCUAUACGACUGGCGUUCAAUGCACCGAGACUUAAUCCAGACUGAGAAGGAAAACCAGAAACCAAAGCCAGGGCCUCAAAGGAGCUCAAGUGACAGUGAUGUGGAGAUUCUACCAGAGACGAGAGGCCUGACGGACAGAGAGCUCCGGAUGCGGCUGCUGGAUUUGGGGGAAAGUCCUGGACCCAUCUGCAGCAGAACACGGCCGACCUACAUGAGGAAACUGUGUCGUCUUUUGGACCAGUCAAAGAAACGACCUCAGAAUCUGCAGGAACCUUCAGACCAGACUCUAUCAGGUUACAGCCCAGAAUUAUGUCGAGCCUUAAGGACUUUUGAGUUGCCCCAAUGUCAAGAAGAAGAACAGGCUUUGUGUCGGCAGUUUGAACAGGCCGAUCACAACAGGAAGUGGCGAGAGGGCGUCAUAAAGUCCAGCUUCAACUACCUGCUCCUGGAUCCAAGAGUCACCAACAACCUCCCGUUUCGCAGCCACACUCUGAGCCCGCACGAAUGUUUUAAGACGUUUGUGAAUGCGAUAUUCUACGUUGGGAAAGGAAAGCGCUCGCGUCCGUACAGCCAUCUGUACGAGGCCCUGGAUUACUUCAAAGGGGAGAAGACCUCGAAGAAACUGUGUCGUAAAGUGGACCACAUCCUGCACGUGUGGAACGCGGGCCAGGGCGUCAUCUCGCUGCACUGUUUCCAAAACGUGAUUCCAGUCGAGGCGUACACCAGAGAGGCCUGCAUGGUGGAGGCCAUCGGCCUGAAGAUGCUGACCAAUCAGAAGAGAGGGGAUUAUUAUGGGGUCGUGUCCCACUGGCAGCAAAGAAAGAAGAAGGAGCUCGGCGUGCACCUCCUGUACAGAGCCAUGCAGAUCUUUCUGGCAGAAGGAGAGCGGCAGCUACGACCAGCAGACAUCCGACAAUAA